UCUGUCACACAUUUCGCCGAAUGCAGGGGGUUAUUGGUGAUAAUUCCAAACGGUUUCUCUUUCAGUAGAGACCCAUUAAAGAGGCGGUAAUCAAAAAGAUAUGGGAUCCGGAGAGAGCACGAGCAGGAGAGUUUCUUUCGGCCUAGAUGAGGAUGACAGGGUGAGGAUUCUGCGUGGAGUGAAGCUAUCUGAAGAUGUUCUUCAGCGCAUGAGAAAUGCUGGUCAAACUCCUGAACCCAAACAACCUGGCAAUGAUAAAGAAAACCAAGGACAGCAGACUCAAACAUCCAGCACAUCUGACACUCCAACUCCAAAAUCUCAGACCAGGACAACUUUUCCUGACACUAAAGAGGAGUUGAGGAAAAGGUAUGAGCAGCAGCAGGCCAUUAUACAAGAGGAGCUGGCUCGCACUGCUCAGAAAGAGAGAGAGGCAGUGCGGCAGGAUAUCACUCGAACGGUGCUGAGAGAGAGAGUGCAGACCCAGCUGGAGACUGAGAAAUCCAAACAGCUGCCUGCCCCUGAACUGGAUGCCUGGGGGAAACAGCUGGACAAGAAGGAGGCGGAACUAAAGGCGCUGGAUGCCUUCUACAGGGAGCAGAUCACACAGCUAGAAAAGAAGAAUGUGGAACGCUUCAAGAUGUCUGCCGCACAAUUCCACACAGCCGCAACCAGAAGCGGAGCCAGCAUAAAGCCUCGUAACAUGGAACCGGUGUGUACGAACUUGCAGGCUCAGAUCAUGAACUGCUACAAACAGAACCGCGAACAGACACUUCAGUGUUCAGAUCUGGCCAAAGAGUACAUGCAGUGCAUCAAUGCAGCCAAGAAGAAUCUGUUGGUGAAUCACGGAUAAAGAUCUGUUCUGCUUGUCAGCAGUGCAGCCAUCUUACCUGUCACUCAGGUUCAUCUGUGUGUUGGGUUUCACGGGCCGCUGCAUCUUCAGCCUUUCCAUCCAAUUACCAUCUGAUCCCCAGGCUCUGAGUCGCACUACAGUGUACUGAACAAGCUAUAUUCUUCAGGCCGCUAUGAAUUUUACAUUAUAUAGAACAGCACAGAGAAUGGGAUUACAAAAAUGCUAGGCUUGAUUUAUAUAAGAGUACACUCAGGAAAUCCUGAUGCUUUUAUUUGUCAGGAUUUUAUUUAUAAAUUAUAUUUCAUCAAAAUCAUAUCUACAUAAACGGAUAA